GUUUGAUCCAAAGGCAGUCCUGUAGGAAGCUGAUAUCAUCACUAACUUGUUGCUUCUUCGUGCAAGGCUAAUGGUCUGUUGAUCAUUUGAGGAAAGUCUAGAGUGACGUGGUUAUACAUUCCAGUUCAAAAACAUGAUGCUCGCAAGCUCUCUUUCUUCCCUCUCUGCUUUUCGUUGCCAACAGAUGUGGACCGUUUCCGCUCUUGAUUGAACUUUGUUUCGAUCAUUCAAUGGCAUCAUCAGAUUUUAGAAGAUGAACUUACAUGAUCCACUCAAAUUCGCUAGAGUCUAAUUAGCAUGCCCCUUUUUUCACGUUGGUUGAGGUAAACAAUUGGCCAUCCUUCUCAAAUUCAAGAGAAUUGGUUUGAUCCCAAACACCCAAUGAUUUCGAGCGGAAGCAUGAUGUCCAGCGAGAAAAGACUCUUGUACAAAUUUUCGUCGCUUCUAGCUCAGGAGAUGAUUGUCUCCGAGACUGCGGAAAUUAAAUAAUCUGUUUCUUGUGUGAAUGCCCGUAUCUAUAUUUGCAAGAUUUUGUGAGAUUAGUUUACUACGAAAUUAGUUGACAGCCACCACGAGUUCUCCUUUCAUUAUCAUAGAGUGGUAGGAACCAGGUUUCUUGAAAAAUAUAAGGAAGCUCAGUGGAAGAAGAAGGAUUUUGCUUUUUUCCCUUAGGGGGGCCACUUGGUAGGUGGAGUGAACCUGCUGAUUGCUAUACAAAAUAUUAAAAGAGAACCAUAUGUAAUAUUUAAAAAAAAAAAAUGUGGCACUAGUCAAGGCAGCAGAGGCUGCCACUUGAUGAGAGAAGGGAACGCCACCCUCGCCAAUCCAUUUUUGUCAAAGGUUUGAAGCCUGGCAAGCUUUGGUUUGGAGAAAUCUGGGACUCGCGUGCCUUCUUGGUCACUGCAGAUGAUCAUGCAAAAGCAAAGACGAAUCCGAUGGACGUAGAUGGAAAAGAUGGGGAGGGGCGACAGACAAAUUGUAACUAGUGGCGAAAGCGGUGUUUGUGACUUGCGAAUUCGACUACUGAAAGACCCAUCACCACCAUUGGUGAAAAACCGACCCUACCACCACGACGGCUCUCCACCCUGGGGAAUCAUUCAUAAGAGGCUCCACGGAGACCAGUCGAGAAGAACGGAAGCACAUUACAAAUGAUAACCAUGCUUCAGAGUGAAUUUUUCAAGCGGCUGGGUGUUUCCCUGAUCAUUCUUGAUCGGCUCCUGCUUUCUUCUGAAAUCUCCCCGUCGGCUGUCAAGUCUCUGCCUGGGUUCGGACCUCUUCCAUUCAAACUAGAAACGGGAUACCUAGGAGUGGAUGAGAAAGAUGAUGUGCAGCUCUUCUACUACUUCGUCCCAUCAGAAGGCGACCCGCAAGACGAUCCCCUGGUGCUCUGGCUCACCGGUGGCCCUGGUUGCUCCGCUCUCUCUGGACUUGUUUAUGAGAUAGGUCUCCAGCAUAAUCUUUCUAGACGCGCCUGUUGGCACAGGUUUCUCUUAUUCAACGAUUGCGGAAGGUUACCAUACUGGCGACAAAGUCUAUGCUUGCCAGAGUCGUAUUUUUCUGGAAAAGGUGAAAAAACCUCAAUACUUUUACCACAUUCAGAAACUGAUAUUGGGCAUAAUUAAAUGGUGGAGAGGUAAUGUGUGGGAUUUGGGCUGAGAACAUUGCAAUCACAUAAGAUGAAGUUUCAUGGAUGGAUAGACCAAAUUGAAUUUGUUAGUUAAACAUUGGCAAACGACUGAUUUUUGUAAUA